AUGGCCGAAACCAAACCCUCUUCUUCCGCUGGGAUCACCUCGUUGAGAGGGCAGAAUCUCAAUGCGGUGAUCAAGAGCGUGGAUAUGUCCGAAGAAAUGCAACAGAAAGCAGUCGAUAUCGUCGUGCUUUCAUUAGAGAAACACGAUGUAGAAAGGGAUAUGGCAAUGUUCAUCAAAAAGGAAUUUGAUAGGUUGUAUGGAACUACAUGGCAUUGCGUAGUGGGUAAGAAUUUCGGUAGUUUCGUAACUCACGAAACCAAAAACUUCAUUUACUUCUACCUCGGUCCAAUCGCUAUACUCUUAUGGAAGACUUCAUAA